UUCCCUUGUUUCCAAUGGAGAAAUAAACCCGUCUUCGAAGUAACAAGCAAGAUACAAGACAAUGAAGAACCUUUCAUAGAGUUGAACAAGGUGGAUCGAAGGCAUGGGAAGAGGCCUCUCCCUUCUGAUCAUGCAUCAAGGGAGAGAAGGGAAGGUUUCAACUUUUCUGUUAACAAAUCUCCACCUAAGAGCCAAGGGGGAGAAGCUUCUCAAUUCUCCUUUAUGCAUCCAAUCAAUACUGGUGAUGAUAGCACCCUUUCUUCACCAAUUCCACAAUAUGGGCAAAUAAGCAAUUCUUGCUUGAUUGAGACUCAGGACCCAUCCCUACAGCCUUUAAAUCAAGGAGGUAAUGGGAGAAAAAGACAUUAUAGAGGAGUUAGGCAGAGACCGUGGGGCAAAUGGGCUGCCGAAAUCCGCGACCCUAAAAAGGCUGCUAGAGUGUGGCUUGGCACGUUUGACACGGCAGAGGCUGCUGCUGCUGCUUAUGAUGCUGCUGCUUUGAAGUUCAAAGGCUCCAAAGCCAAGCUCAAUUUCCCUGAACAUGUUCUUCUUCCUCCUCCUCCAAUAUCAUCAUCAUCACCACCUUGUAAUAAUAAUAAUAAUCAUCAUAGUUAUUAUUAUGGUUCUUCAGCUCUUGCACCUCUUGCACCACCACCACAACAUGUUUAUGAUCAAACACCACCACCACCACAACAACAACCCUUGCUAUCAUCAUCAGCACAAGAAGAAGGGUUUCCAAAUCUAAUGCAGUACGCGCAGCUUCUUUGGAGUAGGGAUGAUGAUGAUCUACAGCGUAUUGCUUCAGGCCUUCAUCAACACCAUCAUCACAAUGAGGCUUUUUAUGAUUCAAGUUCUUCAACUUUGUUCUCAUCAACUUCCACUACUUAUUCUAUGACUGUGUCUGAUCAACAGCAGAAUAUUGGAGAUGACACGAGUACUCCCAUGGGGGCAGAAUAUAAUUAUGGUGGCUGCUUUUUUAGAGGGAGUGAUUUUCAUGACAAGAAUUGAACAUUAUGCUAAGUGUAAGUAUGCUGUGUGUGCUGCUAAAAACCUACCUUUUUCUGUAUUGUUUUCAUAAUUCAAAAUUUCAAAUAAUGCUUCUUGAACUUCA